AGCUUUUUACUAUUUCCUUUUGAUUUUCUAUUUACAACAAAUAUGGGUCAAUACAAAUGCUGCUGUUGCGUCCCCGUUCGAGCUGGUGUCUUGAUGAUUGCUUUAAUAUCAGCAGCUUUCUAUAUUGCUGUAACUGUAGGCUUAUGCUUGGAUAUUCCGAGAUUGAAUGAGGAUGAUGGCGCAUAUGUCACACCUGCUAUGAGAGGAGUUCACUAUACUUCAAUUGCCUUCUCUGUUAUAUUUGCCUUUUGUUCUCUAUUUGGUGUUAUCGGAAGCAUUACACAACAUCGUAAAAUGGUCGCCACAUUUAAACUAGCUUACUGGACAUCAGCCCUUAUUGCGGCCAUUCUGUCUAUUGCUGUUAUUGUUGUUCUCGCAGUUCAGCGAACUGAAGUCAUUGGCAGAUGUGGAGCUCUUAAUCCAGAUGAAUCAAUCGGCUCUUGUCCAGAAUUUUACAGAAACUUUAUGAUUGCUCUCUGUGUUCUUAUUGUCUUUGUCAACUUUAUUCAGUUUUACUUUGCCGCUGCCAUCAGUUCGUAUGCGACACGUCUGCGUAGAACUAACAUGCAUGAAAAGCUCAGGAACUUGGAAGAUUUCCCUGAGCCGCCUAGUAAAACCGAAUUUUUCUAGGUUACAAGAAAGCCAAGAAAUGUACACUCUGUUCGUCAAUCAUUUGCUAGAUUCUACUUUCCUUAUACCAUAUUCUUAUAAACGCAGAAUCCAACUGCUGUAUCACUUUUUAUCUUCGUGGAAUCCCCACUUUUUGUAUUAUUUUUUUAUUAAAUAGUUGUAUCUAUUAAAGAACUGUAGUUGUGAAAAUAUGUAACUUUUUUUUUUCUAAGCCUGAUGAGCGCUGUAGGCCGCGUUGACGUUAUGUACAAUCAGCAAAUACUAAAAUAACAAGGGCUUUUCCUUAUUUUAAUCCUACCAGGCAGUGUUCUCAGCCC